AUGUCGCACCAGACGGGAAUUCAUGCAACUGCUGAUUUGAGAGAGUUCCUUGUGAAGGCGAGAAGGGGAGUUGUCAGACUGGUGAAGAUUGUUAUAAGGAGCGAGCACCUGGUGUUGGGGGCAUACAGAGAGGCGUCUCAAAGCUGGGACCAGGACUAUGACGCAUGUGUCCUGCCAAUGUUGGACACUCUAGAGCCCUGCUAUAUCCUAUACCGCCUUGACACACAGAACCAGCUGGGCUAUGAGUGGCUGUUUAUCUCCUGGUCACCAGAUCAGUCACCAGUGAGGUUAAAGAUGGUGUAUGCUGCUACCCGAGCCACACUGAAGACAGAGUUUGGCAGCAGUCACCUUAAAGGGGAACUAUUUGGAACAGUCCAGGAAGACAUCUGUUUCCAAGGAUACCUACGACACCUCUCCUCCUCCUCUAGCCCUGCCCCCCUCACUACUGCUGAACAACAGCUCCAUCAGAUUAAAAUAACAGAGGUGAGGAAGGUUAAAAGUGAUGAGCGAAGGCGGGUCACAACCAUCAGUGGGCGAGCAAAGGUAGCUUCAGAGAUCAGCGUGGAUGGUAAAAAUCCGACUUUGCAGGGUUUGGCGUUCCCAUUACAAGAGGAUGCUAAACAUGCUUUACAGCAACUUAAACACAAACGCAUCAAUUACAUUCAGUUGAGGUUGGACACUGAACGAGAAACUAUUGAACUAGUCCACACCAGUCCUACAGAGACAAAAGAGCUGCCGAGCAGAAUCCCAACUGAUGCCCCACGAUACCACUUCUUCCUGUACAAACAUGCCCAUCAAGGACAGGCGCUGGAAGCUGUAGUUUUCAUCUACUCCAUGCCUGGGUAUAGCUGUAGCAUCAAAGAAAGGAUGCUAUACUCCAGCUGUAAGAAUCGACUGCUGGAUGAGGUAGAGAGGGACUACCACAUAGAGAUUGCCAAAAAGAUGGAGAUUGAUAGUGGAGAGGGUUUGACAGAGGAUUUCCUGUACGAGGAGGUGUACCCAAAGCAGCAUGCUCUAAAACAAGCCUUCACCAAGCCAAAGGGCCCUACAGGAAAACGAGGGAACAAGCGUCUAAUCAGAGGAGCAGGAGAGAACGGAGAUGAGAGCUAG